AUGGGAUCAUCAAGCAGCUUUGACAAGGUAUGCUCUCUGAUAUUAGUUGUUUGGUUUGUUCUGAUCAUCGUGGUUUCAUCAAUGCAUGUUGCUUCUUCAACCUCUUCCUCUAAUGAAGAAGCUGAUGCUCUUCUCGCAUGGAAAGCCACCCUGCAAUACGAGACCCAGUCUCAUCUAUCUUCCUGGAUUUUCCCUCCCGACAAUGCCACGGAUUCUUCUUCUGCUCGCAAUUCAAGCAGAAGCCCGUGUUCUUGGGUUGGCGUUGUUUGCAACUCCAGUACUGGAAGUAUCGUCGGAAUAAAUCUUAGUGAUUCAAGCUUAAGUGGUUCACUCAAAGAGUUCUCAUUCUCAUCUUUCCGUAAUCUGGAAUAUAUUGAUCUUAGAAUGAACUCUCUCCUCGGUAACAUUCCACCACAGAUCAGUUCUCUUUCCAAACUCAUCUAUCUCGAUCUGUCGGCCAAUCAGUUCUCGGGAAAAAUCCCACCAGAAAUCGGUUUGCUCGCAAACCUUGAGGUUCUGCGUUUGUGUAAAAAUAAGCUGAACGACUCGAUUCCUCAAGAAAUAGGUCAGUUAAGGUCUCUUGGUGAGCUUGCCUUACAUAGCAACUCUUUAAAAGGUCCUGUUCCUAAUUCUUUUGGUAAUUUAAGCAAAUUGGCUUACUUGUAUCUCUAUAACAAUUCACUGUCUGGUUCCAUUCCUUCUGAAAUUGGAAACCUUUCGAACUUGCUUGAGCUUUGCAUGUAUACAAAUAGUUUAACUGGUCCCAUACCUCCAACUGUUGGAAACUUACUAAGGCUAACAGUGCUGGACUUGUCUGCCAACCAACUUUCGGGUCCCAUCCCUGCAAAUAUAGGGAAUAUGGAAUCUUUGAAGAAUCUGAGUCUUGCAGCAAACAAUCUUGUUGGUUCUAUCCCAACAUCAUUAUAUGAAUUAGGAAAUCUUACAUUCCUGUAUCUCUUCCAUAAUAACCUUUCUGGCCCCAUUUCGGAAGCCGUUGGAAACUUGAAGUCUCUUGUCUGUCUCCAGGUGCACGAAAAUCAGCUCAAUGGUUCCUUUCCAGCUACAAUUGGUAGCUUAAGCAAGUUAGAGGUUUUAUUCAUUCGAGACAACCAGCUCUCUGGCUCCAUUCCUCGAGAGGUCGAGAAUCUCAUGAGGUUGACUGUAUUUCGAGUAGCAAGAAACCAAUUCACUGGUUACUUGCCACAAAAUAUUUGUCAAGGUGGAUUGCUUAAUAGUUUUACUGCAAACGGUAAUCACUUGAUAGGUCCGAUUCCUGAGAGCUUGAGAAACUGCUCAAGUUUGAUUAGAAUUCGUCUGGAUGGCAAUCAACUGACUGGAAAUAUAUCAGAAGUUUUUGGAGAAUAUCCAGACUUGGAUUACAUAAACAUCAGCAACAAUAGCUUUUAUGGUGAACUUCCACCAAAAUGGGGAAGGAACUCACGGCUAACAAGUCUAUUGAUGUGGGGGAAUAAUAUUACUGGUAGCAUACCACCUGAGCUCGGAAACUUAAGUGAACUGCAACACCUCGAUCUUUCUUCAAAUCACUUGGUUGGAGAGAUCCCAAAGGAAUUUGGAAGGUUGACUUCUUUGGGGUGCCUUGACUUGAGUCAUAAUCAACUUUCAGGCGGCAUGCCUUCGGAGCUCGGGUCCAUGAUAAAGCUUGAAAGGCUUGACCUGUCCAUGAACAAAUUGAGCAACUCAGUUUCAGGAUGCGUAGGGAACUUCUCACUACUGUUCCACAUGAAUUUGAGUAACAACGACUUCAGCGGUGGAAUUCCGACUCAGAUGUGCGAGUUAGGUCACCUUUCCGAGCUGGAUCUGAGUCAUAACCAUCUCACAGGAAAGAUACCGAUGCAGUUCGAGAACUUGCAAAACUUGCUAACAAUGAAUAUCUCCCACAACAAUCUCUCUGGCAUCCUUCCUAGGGCUUUUGAUGUACUGAACGGAUUGUUAAACGUCAACAUAUCAUACAAUCAAUUCUGUGGCCCCAUUCCCAACAAGACAGCUUUUCUAGAUGCUCCGAUUGAAGCAUUAGAGGGGAACAAAGGAUUGUGUGGCAAGGUCAAAGGCCUGCAACCUUGCAGCCAAUCACUCAGUACAUGCAAACAUGACCCACCAAGUGGCCGCAGGAUCUUAUUGAUCAAAAUAAUAUCCCCUUUAUUGGGAGUAGUGAUACUUCUAUUUGUCGUGAUGAGAACGUGGAGAUUUAUAAGGAAAAGGAGAAACUUGCAAAAAGCACAAGACGAGAAUUUGAUAUCAACCUUUGACGGGAAAAAAAUGUACGAAGAAAUCAUUGCAGCCACGGGGGAUUUUGAUGCCAUGCAUUGCAUUGGGAGAGGUAGAUGUGGAAGUGUCUACAAAACUCAUCUCCCAUCGGGUGUUAUUAUAGCUGUAAAGAGAUUCAACUCAUCAUGUGAGGAAAACUAUGUCAUAGAUCGAAAAGGUUUCUUUAACGAAGUUAUGGCAUUAACACGAGUACGACACCGAAACAUUGUGAAACUGCAUGGUUUUUGUUCAAACGCACGACAUUCGUUUCUGAUUUACGACUACAUUGAGAAGGGAAGCUUGGCCGGGAUCCUAAGCAAAUUAGAAGAAGCUAAAGAAUUGAAUUGGAGUAGAAGGGUGAAUAUCGUGAAAGGAGUGGCGCAUGCCUUGUCAUACAUGCAUCAUGAGUGCUCACCUCCGAUUGUUCAUAGAGACAUAGCCAGCAAGAAUGUUUUGCUGGAUUCUGAUUAUGAAGCUCGUCUCUCCGACUUCGACACUGCCAAGCUUUUGAAUCUAGACUCAUCCAAUUGGACGGGCUUUGCCGGCACAUAUGGAUAUGCUGCACCAGAACUUGCUUACACAUGGAAGGUGACCGAGAAGUGUGACGUUUAUAGUUUUGGAGUGUUAGCACUUGAAGUAAUCAAAGGAAAUCAUGUGGGUGAUUUCAUUUUCUUUGCAAGGUCUCCGCUUGCUAAUAUAAAGCUGAAGAAUGUCUUGGACCAAAGACUUCCACCUCCCACUGUUCCAGUUGCGGAUGAACUAACAAAGAUUGCAAAUGUUGCAAUUUCUUGCUUACGUGAAAAUCCAAAAUCUAGGCCAACCAUGUACAUGGUUUCUCAGGUGUUAUCAGCCUCAACGUCUCUGCAGAUUUGUGGCCGAGUUACACGUGGAGAUCAGGAUCAAAUUAAUUAG